UGUUUGUUUCUAAAAUUCUAGAGAAUCCGGCAAGGCCGGAAAGGAUGACGAAACUGUGUUAAUUUACUGUAAAGUCUUUGCUAGCAACUCCAAACUUUCAACAGUUCAUUAACAUUCACUUCAACGAGUGAAAUACGUUACACCAAUAUGGCAAAGUACAUAGCUCAAAUCAUCGUGCUUGGCGGCCAAAUCAUAGGAAAGGCUUUCACGCGAGCUCUGAAGCAGGAGAUAGCAGCAUCCCAAGAAGCGGCAAAACGUGCUGGUGGUGGACAACAGGGACAAAAUCGCGCUGUGGCUAACCUAAGGACUGGCAUGACCCUUGAGGAGGCACAGCAAAUUCUCAACGUAACGAAACUUGACCCAGAAGAGGUGAACAAAAACUACGAACAUUUGUUUAACGUAAACGAUAAAUCCAAGGGUGGAUCGUUCUACCUACAAUCUAAAGUUUUCCGCGCUAAAGAACGAAUAGAUCAGGAAUUGAAGGAGGCAAAGCCACCGGAAGGAGAAAAAACGGACACCGGUACGGGGAAACCCGAAACGGCAAAGUGAUCAGUUAUGCGUCGUUGCAGUUUGCAAUCCCACGAAAGUCAAGCUCACUGCAAUGAACACUGUUAAAUUUAUAAGUAAACAUGUCUAUUUAG